ACAGCUCUGUCAAGCACACUUGAGAAGGGUAAACAGCUCUCACCUCAUGGACGCAAAGAGAGCUGGACAGUGAGCACAGCCACAUAUUUGCCUAUUCUGGGGUAGGUGUAAAGAGGAAACAUCAUGGCAGGCGACAUGUUGUUGCUGAUGAGAGGCCUAGCCAGGCUCAGCCAGGCCGUGAUUGAGACCCAGGCAGGCUCUCUGCGUAGUAGUGGGUUCCAAGCUGUAAGCCAGAGCAUGCAAAUGACAGCUGAACAGGGCAUGAGUGUGGCCAUGCAGAAGAUCCAGGAGUUCACAGGCGGCCAGCAGAGUGUUUCUGAUUUCAACACAGAUGUGGACUCCAAGUAUGACUUCACAGCUUCAGAGGAGGACUUUGAGAUCAAAGCACAUGGAGGUUUGGACAGUGAUUCAGUUUUCAGGGAAGCUAACACAGGUGCUGCGCACACAUACAGCCAGGCCUCAGGAAAGUCAAAGCUGUUCGAAGGUUACAAGGACCCUACAAGCCAGUUCACCGGACAAACACGAUCCUAUCAUCAGGAUCACUCUUCUGUGGGAGGCAUCACAGCUGAGGACAUUGAAAAAGCCAGGGAGGCGAAGCGAAACUGCUCCAAACCACAUAAACAAAUGCUUAGUGAAAGAGCAAGAGAGCGGAAGGUACCGGUCACACGGCUUGGGAGACUAGCGAAUUUUGGAGGUCUUGCUGUGGGUUUGGGUAUUGGAGCUUUGGCAGAAGUGGCAAAGAAAAGCCUGAGAUCAGAGGAGAAGAAUGGUGAAAAGAAGGCAGUUUUGGACAACAGCCCCUUCCUUUCGGAGGCCAAUGCAGAGCGUAUCGUCAGGACUUUGUGUAAAGUGCGUGGCGCGGCCCUCAAGCUCGGCCAAAUGCUCAGUAUACAGGAUGAUGCAUUCAUCAACCCACAGCUGGCCAAGAUCUUCGAACGUGUGCGUCAGAGUGCUGACUUCAUGCCCAUCAGACAGAUGAUGAAAGCCUUGAACAAUGACCUGGGACUGAACUGGAGGGAGAAACUAGAUAUGUUUGAGGAAAGACCCUUUGCUGCUGCAUCCAUUGGUCAGGUGCAUCUGGCCAGGAUGAAAGACGGUCGAGAGGUCGCCAUGAAAAUCCAGUACCCCGGAGUCGCACAGAGCAUCAACAGUGACGUGAAUAACCUGAUGACUGUCCUGAGCAUGAGCAAUGCCCUUCCUGAAGGCAGUGCAGGUGUAGUAACCAUACUUGUUAUUUUUGCACAGAUCUGCGAGAACAUCCUCAGCCUGUGUCUGAGGGAGUUGUUUGAGUUCAGAUACAUGCAGACAGAUCCUAACUGGUCCAAUUUCUUUUAUGAUCCACAAACCCACAGGGUUGCUUUGCUGGACUUUGGUGCAACAAGAGGGUUUGAUGAGAGUUUCACUGAUGUUUAUAUUGAGAUCAUCAAGGCUGCAGCAGAUAAUGAUCGGGAAGGAGUGCUGAAGCGAUCCAUAGAUAUGAAGUUCUUGACUGGUUACGAGUCUAAGGCCAUGGUGAACGCCCACGUGGAUGCGGUGAUGAUCCUGGGUGAGGCUUUUGCCGCCAAAGAGCCAUUUGACUUUGGAUUGCAGAGCACCACGGAGCGCAUCCACAACCUCAUACCUGUCAUGCUGAAACAGCGCCUCAUCCCUCCACCCGAAGAAACCUACUCCCUGCACCGCAAAAUGGGCGGCUCCUUCCUCAUCUGCUCCCGCCUGAAUGCUAAGCUAUGCUGCAAAAACAUGUUUAGAGAGGCCUACAGCAAUUACUGGAGCAAUAAGAAGAAAGGUCCAAGCCAGUGACACACAGGGCUUUUUAAACAAGAGAAACUUGGAUAAGCACAAAAUGCUCUGGCCAGUCACUCGAAUGUAAACGAACGGCACUUUUGUCUCAAUUGUCUCAACCGUACCGUCAUACAUGUUUUUGGCUUUUGUUUUUCCCUUUUGAGUGUGUUAAUGGGAAAUAAUGUCCGUGGUUAUCCAUGGUCGUGUGGUGCAAAGAAUGCUAUUCAAACGAAUGUAUCGGUGUUCCUAUGGAAAUUCCUAUAACGGGGAAAGUUGGUUACUCAUCAGGCGUGGCGAUUGGCUGUAGAACAUUUCAUAACCAAGCCAACAGUUUUUUCCAGGUUGCCGGACUACGCUUGUGAGGACCGUCUCCCUAAAUCAGUAUAUUAACUUUUUAUGAAAGCAUUACAAUGUUUAUUUUUCUUAUUUCGGUUUGUGAAUAUUGUGCACAAUAUUGGCCAAAGUAUGAUAAAGGGAAGUUCCUGAAAGAAAAGCUCAGUAAUCAGGGCAGGUUUUGAUGCACCUGCUACAGUCACUUACGUGUUAUCAGUGUAGGUUGGCUACAAGCUCGCUUGUAAAACUACCACAACUACUUAGUCAUAAUCCAUUUUAAAAAGCUAGGAUAUUAAUGAUGAAUGAGGUAUCACGUCUCUGAUGUGUGAGAUGUACAUUAAUUUAAACGUGUCUACAUGAAGGUGAGAACUUGAAAGCAUUAUGGUUUGAUAUCAGAGCAUUGCUGAAAAAGGUGUUUUUCUAAUGUUCCUGCUAUUGGCUUUCUUACUAAAAAAUUGUGAUAAAAUUGUCUGAAUAUAUAAAAUUUUUGGAAUCAA